CCCGGCCGGGAGGGCGAGGGCGGGCGGGGGGUGCCGCGCGCGGGCCCCGGGCGGCGACUGGCGGCGGCGGCGGCGGCUCCAGGCGAGCGCGGUCCCCGCGUGCGCACACGCACACGCCGCCGCGCAGGGACCCGCGGACAGCGGGCGCCGGCGGCCACAGAACGCGGAGCCCCGGCCCGGCGCGCGCUCCUCGGCGCACACGCUCCCCGUCCCCGGGCGGCGCGGGGCGCGGACUCGCCGCUGCGCUCCCUCGCCGCGGAGUCCGCCCGGCCGGCAGGGCAGCCCGCAGCCCCGCGCGAGGCCCCGCCGCGAGCAGCCCGCAGACACCUUGGGGCUGACCAGCGGCUGCUCUGACUGGGAGGCAAGCAGUCCUGGCCUGAGCCUCCUGCCAGGCUGAGAAGUGUCAUGGCCAGGAUCGUGCAGGCCUCCCUGGCUGCUCUCCUCCUGCUCCCUAUGGCCACCGCCAUGCACUCGAGCUGCAUCCUCAAGAAGGAGCAAGCCAUGUGCCUGGAGAAGAUCCAGAAGGCCAAUGAACUGAUGGGCUGGAAUGACUCCUUCCCAGGCUGCCCCGGGAUGUGGGACAACAUCACCUGUUGGAAGCCUGCCCACGUGGGUGAGAUGGUCUUCGUCAGCUGCCCUGCUGAACUCUUCCGAAUCUUCAAUCCAGACCAAGUCUGGGAGACGGAAACCAUUGGCGACUUUGAUUUCACUGACACUAACUCCUUGGAUCUCUCAGACACGAGGGUCGUGAGCCGGAACUGCACGGAGGAUGGGUGGUCGGAGCCCUUCCCUCAUUAUUUUGAUGCCUGUGGGUUUGAUGAAUAUGAAUCUGAGGCUGGGGACCAGGAUUAUUACUACCUGUCGGUGAAGGCCUUGUACACAGUUGGCUACAGCACGUCCCUCGUCACCCUCACCACCGCCAUGGUCAUCCUGUGUCGCUUCCGGAAGCUGCACUGCACCCGCAACUUCAUCCACAUGAACCUGUUCGUGUCGUUCAUGCUGAGGGCCAUCUCCGUCUUCAUCAAAGACUGGAUCCUCUACGCGGAGCAGGACAGCAACCACUGCUUCAUCUCCACCGUGGAAUGCAAGGCUGUCAUGGUUUUCUUCCACUACUGCGUGGUGUCCAACUACUUCUGGCUAUUCAUCGAGGGCCUGUACCUCUUCACCCUGCUGGUGGAGACCUUCUUCCCCGAGAGGCGAUACUUCUACUGGUACACCAUUAUUGGCUGGGGAACCCCGACCGUGUGUGUGUCGGUGUGGGCUGUGCUCAGGCUCUACUUCGAUGACACCGGCUGCUGGGACAUGAAUGACAACACAGCUCUGUGGUGGGUGAUCAAAGGCCCUGUGGUUGGCUCCAUAAUGGUUAACUUUGUGCUCUUCAUCGGCAUCAUCGUCAUCCUUGUGCAGAAACUUCAGUCUCCAGACAUGGGAGGCAAUGAGUCCAGCAUCUACUUAACAAAUUUAAGACUGGGAGUCCCCAAGAAAGCCCAAGAGGACCCCCUGCCUGUGCCCUCAGACCAUCAUUCACUCCCUUUCCUCAGCUGCGUGCAGAAAUGCUACUGCAAGCCACAGCGGGCUCAGCAGCACUCUUGCAAGAUGUCAGAACUGUCCACCAUUACUCUACGGCUAGCCCGGUCCACCCUGCUACUCAUCCCGCUGUUUGGAAUCCACUACACGGUGUUCGCCUUCUCCCCAGAGAAUGUCAGCAAGAGGGAGAGACUCGUGUUUGAGCUGGGGCUGGGCUCCUUCCAGGGCUUUGUGGUGGCUGUGCUCUACUGUUUUCUGAAUGGAGAGGUGCAGGCCGAGAUCAAGCGGAAGUGGCGGAGCUGGAAGGUGAACCGCUACUUCACCAUGGACUUCAAGCACCGACACCCAUCCCUGGCCAGCAGUGGGGUGAACGGGGGCACCCAGCUCUCCAUCCUGAGCAAGAGCAGCUCCCAGAUCCGCAUGUCCGGCCUCCCAGCUGACAACCUGGCCACCUGAGCCCCCCUCCUCCUCCUCUCCUCCAUACACAGGUUGGGGCUGCAGGCGGGCACCGGCCCACGCAUGCUGUGCCUUUUCUCUCCCUUUGGGCAGGCCCUGGGCUGGCAGCUGGGCUCCCCGAGGGGGGAGAAGGGUGCAGGGUGCUGGCCCCACCCACCGUGGGCCCCUGGGCCCUGACCCCAGAUGUGUAAAUACUCCUCAAAUUUGGAAAAGUGAUCCCAUCUCUACCCUUUGCCCAGUGUCCCUGCUCACCUGGUGCAGGUCCCCAGCUCUACCCAGCCCUGUCUCCACCAGCCUCAGAGAUUGCCUGACCCUGUGUGUGAGGCCUUGUGAGCUGAGGCUGAUCACCUUGCUUUGGGGGGUUUGGGGUGGUGCCUGCCUGACAGCCCCCUGCAGUGUCUGACUCUCCAUGUGGACUCCUUGAGUCUGCUUGCCACCCUGGGGCCCUUCUCAGGCCCGGCCCAGUCCCUGAGGCCUGCCAGAGGUCCAGCUUGGAUGGCCAUUGUCCUUCAGUGCAGGCCAGACCUGAGGCUCCCUCAUGCUCCCUCAACAUCUUGGUGUCCAGGUGCCCAGCUUCUGGGUGUCAGGGCGCUGGGACAGCUCUGGGGCUCUUCCAGUCAGAGACUUCAGUUUGAGUGUGGGGCUAUGGGUCAGGGAAAGUUCUGGUGCUUUUUAUUUGGCCCAAGAAAAAUGGCUAACAGCCAGAAACGUGAAUGCGGUUGGAGAGGAGAUGGGAAGAGUUUGGGAGGUCCCGUGCAAGAAGACCCUCACCAUCCCAAUCAUUUUACCCCUCACUCGAGGUGGGUGGGGUUCAUAUGGGAGCCUUUCUUCUGCCUCUCCGACCCUCAGGCAUCAGCUGCAGAAGGUGAGAGAUGGAUGCCCCAGAGAAACUGCUCCCCAACCAUGCGUACCACAUGGAGCCCCUAACCCUCCUCCUCCCCAUUGCCCUUAAGUCAAAGCCAUGACUCAGAUGAACCAGCCACCUUCCUGUGAUGUCAGUGAAUCCUGAACCACCUUAAACCUCCAUGUGCCCAAGUCCAGGGCCCAGGGCUCGCCCUCACCCCCGAUCCCCAUGGACGAUGAGGAGCCCCAGCCACCAGCUCGUGAAAUCUCUUGAAGACCUCUGCAAAGACUUCCCUCUGUGUGCUCUUGACAUUGAAUCACCAUGGAUGCUAGGGUGUCCUGGGGUGUUGGGAGAGGAAGCCGUGCCCACCAUGCCCGUUAGCAGAAGCCGCUGAUGGGAGCAGUGGCUCCACCCCACACCUGUCCUGGCUCCACAGCGCAAGUUGCAGGACCACAAACUCAGAAUUUAAAAUGGGGCAGAGCCAGGUUAGGGAAAGGUGGAGAGAAGUGCUAGAGUGCCAUGGCCCAUGUGUGGGGCCCACUUCAUUCCCUGUCAGCUUUCAGUGUUCCUGUCCAAGUGUUUUUGUAGACUCGUCUCAUGAUCAUGUUCUGGAAUUCCUGGGGAGUUUGGGUCAAGGGGUAGUGUUGCUUUGCUUGGUUUUAUGAAGAGGAAGGGCCUGGGGCGUUUGGGGAACUGUUUCUGGAGAGGCCUUCCAAGUGGCCGGAGAAGGGCUUAGUUGCUUGGUUCAGAGCCCUGUGUCCUUGGCUACUGAAGCACUGUGGAUCUUGGGUCUUUGGCAAAGCCAGAGGGAGGAAGGGAGCUCUUCCCCAGGGGUGUUUGGUGACUCAGGCUGGCCAUGGCCCUUCCAUCCUGCACCUGGCCUUGUGAUCCCCCUUGUCCUGUUUGGGAGCCAUGGGUUACCAAUGUGCUGGGCAACUUGCAUUUUGGACACCGCUGGGGAGCCUGAGUGGCUUGGAAGGAACCAUGGGCUGGGAUUCAGAAAUGUGGAAUCUGCCUUGUCAGGCUCAGACUGCUGAGACUGUGUACGCAGUGCUCCCUGUUCUGGGCCUCAGUUUCCCCAUUCGUGAGAUGAGGCGACUUCUAAUGCUUCUGUAGGCUCACUCCUUCAGUUCAAUAUGAAGGCAGGGAAAAGGACAUGCAUUCUUGUUAUGUGGACCAUAUAAGGUUUGGAAGUGCAUAUGUUUGUGCAUGUGAGGAGGGAGGGGGAAUGCUGUUUAUUUUCCCUUUCUUAGAAAUGGGACUUCUGUCUCUUCCAUUUGGACACCAUGGUGGAAGCUGCUGGGCUGGAGGGAAGGAUCAGGCUGGGGACAAUUGGACAGGUGCCUUGGACAUGAGGUGCAGAGCCAGCCAUGUCUCUAGCCAGGACAGGGUGCCAUGACUGGGUGGGCAGUGGCCACGCCCAUAUCCUAGGAACUGUCCCCUGAGUGCUGUGGGCCCCGCUUCCUCAUCCUCGACCCCACCAGCAGGUCUGCUUCACUGUGAAGAAGAGGCUUUGACUUUAUACAUACAUCAUCACAAAACAGCAAAAACAAAACCAUCCCCCAGCUCCGUGUGCCAUGCUGCCGCCUGAGCCCUGGAUCCGCUCCCUCAUAGAGCUUCCAGGUUCCUGGCGGUUUGUGGGUUUGUUUUUCUCUCUGAACAGAUUAUUGGCAGUCUUGUGAGCAGAUGUAUCCGAUGUGUUCUGAAGGUCCCAGGAGGUUAGGCAGCUGGCCUUCAGGGCCACAGGCAGUGGAGAGAUAGCAGGAGGUCUGGGCAGAACCCUUCCAUCGCUGACCCUUUGUUUUCAAAUCUGUAAAAUGGGCAGUAAGACUAGGUGAAUUGUAUAGCCCAUAGCAUCUCUGGACUUCUCUGUCUAAACACCAGCCAUCUACUGGGAAUGGGCCUCGGGCAAGGAUCGUGGGAUUUGGAGCAGGAAAGGAUAAAUCGUGUUGUGUGAGGAGGGCUCGAGGGCCUUGGGAGUGGUUAGGCUGGAGAGGAGCAGAGCUGUCUGACUCCAUGUCUGUAGGAGAUUGCUACCAGGAUCGGGGUUAUUCUUGUUCUAUGCAAUCCUAAAGGACUGAACUCGCCCGGGGGAGGCUGAGUGCUCCUUGGGAUGAAGAAAUCUCUCAUCCUCUGUCACGACUGUCCCACUAUGGAACAGGCAGUGUCAAGAUAGAGUCUCCAGCCCUGGGGGAAAUGGGACUCAGUGAUGCUGAGGCUGUCAGGGAGCCUGUGAGGGGUCAGAGAUUGGGAUUCAGGCUUUCAGUGGCUUUCUGGUGGUACCCAGCACUACGGGCGUCAUGGCUCUCCAUCGUGCCGGAGGCCAGGCCACAUUCUCUGUCUCAGUGGGCAGCUCUGUGACCCUCCUUGACCCCUGCGCUGGUCUGCAGCGAUUCCUUCUCUAACCCGCACCCCUCCCCAAACCGGCUUCUCUGGGGAAUGGGGCCAGGGAGCUAGAGCCGGGACCAAGGCUUGAGUCCAUCAUCACCCACUGAGGGCACUGGCUCACCUCAUUCAUCUGACCAUUUCCCUUCCUGGAAGGAAAGCUAGAAGAGGCUCUCUUUGUAACUCUGUGAGUACCCUUGACCCCCUCAAGGCCACUCCAAAGUGAAAGCAGUGAGUGCUUUGUCAUCAUAAACUCCUACCUGAGCCCAGUGACUGUGGAACCCUGCUGGAAGACCCUGAGCAGGGACCGGGGGACCUGGGCUUCUCCCAGCUUUGCCGGAUCUACUGCUUGACCUUGACGCCUUCACCCUUUAUAUUUGGGAGACUCUCCAAGUCCUAGAGCUGGGAGGAGACUUGGAGAGCUCCCCACUGGGCUGAUGAGAAAACACCCGGAGGUGGGCUUAGCUCGGAGCCUGCACCACGUUGGGAUCCAGUGCGCUUUACAACAUGAAAGAGGAAGUGGGCCCGCCACCAUGUGCCCAGCCCUGCACGUGAGCCAGAAGGAGACCCUCGAUCAAGCUUCCAUACAGAGAACAGUCAGCCUGCGUGGGAGAGGGCUCUGGCCAUAGAAGUCGUUAGGACUCCAGACUACAGAGGAGCGAUGGAGUGAGUGUAGCCUGGGUGAUCUGCGUUCUGGCCUGGGCUUCACCACCUGCUCUCUGCUCCAAGGCGGAGCCUCUCUGGGCCUCUGCUUCCUGAUCUGACAAGUGGGAGGACGUGAUUUGUGGUCUGCCCCACAGGCCAGGGGUGAGGCUGAAGCGAGAUGCCCUUGUGUGGGAAAGGGCUUUGGAAACUGCCCGGGUGUUACUGGGGUGGAGGCCCCUGACAGGGACUCUGUGCUGUUUAUCAACUGCUUUGAGCCUUCCUGGGUUAACCUUUGCCCCAUUUGUAAAACCACCAGCACUGGGGGCGAGGGGGAGGCUAGGGGACUCUGAUGGAUGCAGAAUUCCAGGCUUAUCUCCGUCAGCUGAUUUGUUCUUGUGGUUGGGAUGGGGAUACUUCCACGUGGGUGAUGUCUGUUUCCAUGCCACCCCCAUGGGAAUCCUUCAAGGAUCUGGGACAUCCCUCAAGUGGGCCAUGUGGCCAUUCCUUCUCCUUUCCCUGACCUCGAGGUCCUGGGACAUAUCUGUGCUUGGCCGUGUGUGUCUUGUCUUAUAUCUGUCUUCUGUAGCUUUGCCCCUGUGAGGGCUGGAGUGGGGGAGCCCCUGGAAUCCCAGACAUGGCGCCAGGCUCACUUGUGGGAGCCAGGUCCGCCUGGGUUUCAUCUCCCACAAUAAAGAUAAGCCCCACAGACCUCACUGCUCCUGCUGCCCCAUUAAUGCUGUGCUCACAACCUUGUCCAGGGUUUCAAGGAUGUCAAACUGCUGUAGAUGACUCAAUAAAUGUCUUACCAUU